AUGGGCAUCCAAGGCCUCGCUAGGCGUCUCGAACCCUAUGCGACGCGACUUUCCUCCGAACAGCUAGACGGCUACUCUGCCGUGAUAGACGGUCCUGCGCUCGCCUACUACGCUCACAAAUUGGCCCUCGCUUCAGCCGCUAGCGCCAUCCGAAUCCCGUCUUAUGCAGACAUCGUCGCUGAAGCACUCCGCUGGCUGACCUCGUUGGAGAAUAGCAACAUCAAGGUCAAGCCAAUAAGGUCUGCCAUCUACUUCGAUGGAGCCUUGCCUACUUCAAAGCGAGCCGAGCGACUAUCCAGGACCGAGUCUAACAACAGACGAGUGCAGCAAUUUCGCAACAGCUAUGCUACCGUUUCCUGUCCUGUUCCCACAUACCUAGGGUCCAUCUCAUACGCCUUCCUUGCGCCUGCACUACAAGAAGCGUUACUAGGUUCGCCUUUUGCCUCAAAGACCCGGACGGUACCGGGAGAAGCAGACGACUGGUGCGCAUCGCAUGCCAAAGAACAUUUGCGACACAUCAUCUUUACAAGUGACACCGAUCUUGUCUUGUAUGACUACUCAGUAGAUACACUGAUAGUGUUUCUCCACGAUGCGGACGUAGCGACUGGCAUCAAGGCGUACUCACCGAACGAGAUUCGGAAACAGUUACAAGUAGCGAGUCUAGCGACAUUCGCGUAUACACUUAUCGAGAACCCACAAGAUAGUGCGAAGCUCCUAGCUCAUCAAGCCCAGAACGUAGACCAGGCGUCCACGCGAUACAUUGAAUUCGCCAGCCGAUACGUCGCGAGGGUCGCAACACCAGCUUACCUGAAUGAGCCGGACUUGGUAGAUUUGCCUCAGAUCGAUGUCCGGAUAUCCGAGUACGCACAUCAAGCCUUGCACUAUUUCGAAUACCCGCAGGUGUACUUGCCUCUGUUGAUAGAAGACCCUACUCAAGCAUCAGCAUGGAACGUCGGCCACGAUAUACGUAAAAUAGCCUACGAUCUACUAGCAAAGAAAGAAAUCAUUUACGUACAAGAGCACAGAAGGAAGGCGCAAGGUAUCACGAUCCAAGAGAUCAAAGUGGAUUCGAGACUCUUCGAGAAAAACCCCGUGGAGGACCUGGAGAGACAGAUGGGCAGCCUGAAAGAAUGGGGUGAUGUGAAGUCUGUCAGUCGAGAGCUUCUAUGGUCGCUCUUCGGUCUCAGUCUAGUUCUCAACGAACUGAACACCCCGCCUCCCAUUGUCCUCGUCCAACGAGUGCUGAACUGCGAUUUUGAUAACAGUUGGGCCUUCGUACACCUCACGGCGCGAUUACAUGCCGCUAUCUACUCGUUACGCAUGCUACUCCAGAUGAUUAAAGUCGGGGAAGCGACAAUGGUACCUGAUCUUAUAGUAGACGUCGAUGAUCGACAAGAUGUCGAAGACGCCCAGCUGCGCGAGAACAUGUCCAAGAUCGCCAAUCACAUGUCCGACUUCCCCUCGAUACCUGAGGUCAUGGGUGUUCCGGGACAGACAAAGCGCAUCCUGGCUGAACAUGACAAGUUGAAGGAAUUGAUUGAAGAGAUAUAUAGAUCUGCUGGUGUGGAAGUACCAAGCGAGCAGGUGUCGAAUAAGAAGAAGAAGAGGCAGAUGAGGGAAGGGGAGAGGAAGAAGAAGAAGGCUGAGCAGAGGAUGCAGGCGAAGCCACAAGUUGGGAACGCCUAUUCGCUUUUGGGGGAGGGGUGA